AUGAACGACCCAAUCUCAGAGUUUGGCCUAUCUUGCCCUAAUGGCGGCACUUUCUACAUCUGUGAAGCCAGCGCCCGGCGGUUUAUCGGCUGCUGCGAUGAAGAUCCAUGCUCUGGUGGCUUGGGACUUUGUAAUAGCGGCUCUCUUCACGCUGCGAGCUUCGACGCAGACAGUUACAAUUCCAUACCUCCUGAAAGCUGCUUUAGCUCAGGACUAUGGUAUACCUGCGCCAAUGCUAGUCCACCCUUCCUGGGCUGUUGCCUGAGCAAUCCAUGCAACGGCGGUUGCCCUGAGAGUGACCUUACAGCUGCGAGACUGGCUGACGACUCAAGCAAAGCCGCGCCGUUUCUGACGUCUAGCAGUCGUACUUCCUCUACCAAAUCUACUAAGGGGACCACUGCGACAACUUCGAAAGACAGUACCACCGCAUCGACGCAAAGGUCACAAACAACAAAAACACUGGGCACAACUACAAGCACUGUGGAGAGCACAUAUACCCACACAUUCACUGGAUCCACCUUUGUCACGGUCACGGUGAGCGCGUCGACUGAUCAAUUGAGCGCUGUCCAGUCGACUUCUCCGGGGGCAAUAGCAGGAGGCGUGAUUGGGGGCUUGGUAUUCAUCGCUGCAGUCUUCGUGCUCAUCUGGCUGUUGUGGAGGAGACGGCGGAAGAACCGUGAACACCAGGCGCUUGCCCAGACAGAGCGGCCUGAAUCCCCCAAGGAACUCUUCAGCCCUUAUCAUGACAAGUUCGCCAGUCCGGCGAUGACGAGUGGCGCAACUGCACAACAAAUGCCAUCCGUAGUAUACGAAGCCGAUUCUAUAAUUGGGAGUCCUAGCCCUCCGGCCUCAGCGCAGUGGUCUCGAAACGCCCGAGAUAGUCGUCACGUAUCAUAUCUAUCGGUCGGUACUGUAGAUGUGCCUCACGGAACAGAUCAGAACAUAGAUACAAUAGCUGAGCUAGAGGGGAGCGAAGGGCAUUAUCGAGGUUUAGAUUUCUAA